AUGGAAGAGUCAGAUGUCAAGAAGGCUGCCGAGGUGCCUGCGCCCAUCGCGACUUCCGCACCGCCGCUGUCAACAUCGCAACUUCCCUCACCACCCCACUCACAAACCGGCCACCAGGCUGACCCCAAGAUGUCGGUCGACGCCGCAGACAGUAUGACGCCGCCGUUCUCGCCCUCGAGCCAAACACCCGUCUUGCAGAAAGAACAGGAGGAGUUUGAGGGCACCGUCGACGUCAACAACGACAUCCCUACCGACAAGGACCUGAGCAAGGUGGAGGACCUGCUGGUGUUGGAUGCGCAGGGCCAGAGCAGACCCUUCAAGGAGCUAUACAAGGCGCCGCAUGUCGCUUCGAGGCAGCUGAUCAUCUUCAUACGGCAUUUCUUCUGCGGCAACUGCCAGGAAUACCUCCGCACGAUCGCCUCCUCCAUCAAACCCGACGACCUCCUCGCACUGUCCACGCCCACCUUCAUAACCGUCAUCGGUUGCGGCCGCCCCGAACUCAUCCCCAUGUACACCGAGAUCACGGGCUGCCCCUUCCCCAUCUACGCCGACCCCACGCGCAAACUGUACGACCACCUCGGCAUGACGCGCACCUACAAUCUGGGAAGCAAGCCUGAAUACAUGCAGACCCAUGUCCUCAUAAACUCAGUCCAAUCCAUCUUCCAAUCUCUCGGUACUGGUCGCAAAGCGCUCAAAGGCGGCGACUUCAAGCAAGUCGGCGGAGAGUUCCUGUUCGAGAACGGCGAGUGUACGUGGGCGCACCGGAUGAAGACUACACGGGGACAUGCGGAGUUGUCAGAGCUGAGAAGACUGAUCGGGCUGGAUGACGCGAGGCCGCCUGUGAGGAGGAAGUGGAGUCAUGAUGUCAAGGAGGAUAGCAAGGGGAAGGAGAGGAAGAGGGCCAUGAGCUGGGGCAGGCUGCGGAGCAAGAGUAAGGGUGGAAAGGACUUUUCGAGGGAUGCGAGCAAGGGGUCGACGCCGGAGAGGAUACUGGAGGAGGAGGAGCCGCGGAAGAUGGUGGGUAGUCCGACGAUAUGA